CAAAGAAGAAGAAGAAGAAGAAGAAGAAGAAGAAGAAGAAGAGUACUGCAAACUGGCUGGAUAGGCUGUUUUAUCUGGGAACGUAUUUCUUCCGCUAUUAAACGCGAACUUCGGACUUUGGGUCGUUUCAUUGGCGUGGAGGGGUAAACACAUAAUAGAAGAUGGCAAGCAGCCCUACAGUGCUGAUGCGGUUGGUGGCUUCAGCCUAUGCUGUUGCAGAAAAGUCUGCCGAUAUUGUCAGAAAAGUGCUUUACAGUGGAGAGCUUAAGAUCAUUGAGAAGACAGGAGCCAAUGAUCUACAGACACUGGCUGACAGGCUUGUUCAGAAAAGUAUAUGUGCAUCCCUAUCAAAAAGCUUUCCGAAGCUUACUAUCAUCGGUGAGGAGGAUUUACCAGCUGAGCCUGUUGAUGACGACCUAAUAGAGAGUGGGCAGAACAGUGCAAUCCUACAAAAGUCGUGUCCUGAUCAGUAUACCAGCCUGAAGGAGGAAGAGCUCGUUGUAUGGGUGGACCCUCUUGAUGGAACUAAAGAAUAUACUGAAGGACUUCUGGAUCAUGUGACAGUGCUGAUAGGCAUAGCUUAUAAAGGGACAGCCAUCGCGGGAGUCAUCAAUCAACCCUUCUUUAACUACCAGAUGGGGGCUGGUGCUGUUUUGGGCCGAACGUUAUGGGGAGUGUUGGGAUUGGGUGCAUUUGGAUUCCAACUCCAGGAAGUCCCAGAUGGGAAAAGAAUCAUCACUACGACACGAUCACAUAGCAAUAAAUUAGUGACCUCUGCAGUCCAGGCCAUGGAUCCUCAUGAUGUCAUUAAAGUGGGUGGAGCUGGGAAUAAGAUCAUCCAGUUAGUAGAAGGAAAGGCCUCUGCAUAUGUUUUUGCCAGUCUGGGCUGUAAGAAGUGGGACACAUGUGCACCUGAGGCAAUUCUGCAUGCAGUUGGAGGCAAACUAACAGACAUGCAUGGUAAUGCAUAUAGAUAUGAUGCAGAUGUGAAGCACAUGAACUCUGCUGGUGUGCUGGCAACACUACGAGAUCAUCAGUAUUAUUUAAGCAGAGUACCCCAGGAUGUCCUUCAAGCUCUUCCUUCAGACUAGAGUAAUGAAGCUUUGUGCCUGGUCCUUAUCAUAAAUCUUAAUUCAACAUGGGUGAAAAAUAAAGAAUGACAUAUACUUUUAUUACAGUAAAUUAAUACUUUUUCUCAGAAAAAAAAACACUUUUAGCACAUUUAAAAUUCUGUAACAGUAAUUGGCUGAAGAGAGUCAAUCCCGUUAAAUUGCACAUAGCGAACUUGCAAUCUCUCCACAUUUAGUGCCAGCAAAUUUCUGUAUACUUCAAUAGCUGGGGUUGGCACUUGUCCUGUAGUAAUACAAGUCAGAAGAAAUAGCAAAAAGGCACAAAAUCACUGGACAGAAAAUGAUGCACAGGUUCUGUGUGUGAUUGUGCUUUAAUGUUUCUCUAUCGUCGGAGAUCAUGUGCAUUUGACGCAAUAUAGUUUGACACAUGAUCAGUAAUCUGUACAGAUUUCAGUUGCUCACGUGGCAGGAAACGGUCUUGGCCCUGCAGAGAUAACUAAAGUCAAUUUGAUGCUUAAUUAGACAAAUCGAUUAAUAUAAUGUUCCAUGUGUUGUUGAACUAUAUUGUGGUAAAACAGAUAAUUAUGAUUUAGAUAUGGUUAGAUGGGUAAAUAAUAAAGUUUUUAAUGAAGAUUUUUUGUAUAAAUGUAUACAUUUGGGGGGCUUUUGCUAAAAUUGCAUGCCUCUACUGUAAAUUUAACAAUAAAAUGUUAAGAUUCUGUUCAUAUAA